AUGGAAGGUGUCUCAAACAUCGGUGUUUGUGGCUUUCAAUGGGUUGAUUGCUCUGGAUUAACUCCAUGCGAUCAAACGGAUAGUAAUUGUCCUGAACCCGAUCAGAUUUGCGUGAACCAUCCCCGAUGCAAUAGUCUUCCUGUUUGUUAUCCUGCAUCAAUGAUUCACUCAACAGUUUGUCCACCAAUUAAAACAAGUACUGUAUCUACAACUGAAACUGUCACUACAACUGAAAAAUUUGCGUUCAUUCCAUUACGCGGAAGCAAUGUCGAUAUUCCUUCAAAUGCACAGUGGCAACCAGAAGGUAUCACAGUAGCUGAAGGCUAUCAAUUGUCCAAUGGAACAAACAUAACCAAUAAUCUCUACUACCCGAUGGGUAUAUUUGUUGCAGAUGACCAAACAUUUUAUGUCACUGAUCCAAACAAUAAUCGAGUUAUGGAACUCAGAUUAGGCGUAACCAGUGGAAAACUUGCUGCUGGUGGAAAUGGCAGAGGUAGUGAGGCUCAUCAAUUAUCCGGCCCAACAGAUGUAAUUGUUGAGAAAGAAACAGACAGCCUCAUCAUUUGCGAUUCGAAUAAUAAACGAGUAGUUCGAUGGCCUCGUGUUAAUUCUCAAAGCGGAGAAACCAUAAUAUCAAAUGUCAGCUGCCAUGGUUUGACAAUGGACCAAGAUAGAUCGUUGUAUAUUGUUGGCUAUGACACAGAUGAAGUGAGACGAUAUCGAAAAGGAGAAUCGCAAGGUACCGUAGUUGCAGGUGGUAAUGGCCGUGGAAACGGUGCCAACCAACUCAAUUGGCCACAAUACAUCUUUGUCGACCGAGACCGUUCAAUCUACGUAACUGAAUGGUAUAGUAAUCGUGUGACGAAAUGGGUAGAAGGUGCAAAAGAAGGAAUCGUUGUUGCAGGUGGUAAUGGACGAGGAAAUGCUCUUAACCAAUUAGCAGGUUCUCAAGGAGUCCUUGUCGAUCAAUCAGGCUCUGUAUAUGUAGCUGAUGGCGGCAAUGGUCGAGUUGUUCGUUGGCCCUUAGGAGCUAAAGAAGGUAUUGUCAUAGCUGGCGGAAAUGGACAAGGAAAACAAUCAAACCAACUCAGUUAUGCAUAUGGUAUGUCAUUUGAUCGACAGGGCAAUCUUUACGUUGUUGAUCAUUGGAAUCAUCGAGUGCAAAAAUUCAAUAUCGCCUAA